AUGGGGAAAAAUCCCAAGAGGUUUUAUUUGGCACUGCCUUUCCGCCUAGCAGGGCACGGACCGGUGCUGGCUCCCGGGAGCAGGGCGGCUCUCCCAGCGGCUGCAGCAGCGGAAAGCAGCGCCGAGGCGCAGGCCUGUCCCUCACCCCAGGGGCACCCGCUCGAGGCCCUCACCGUGGGGCAGCCAGCCCCGGCCCGGCCCCCGAGCUGCGCUGGGCACACACCCCGCCAGCCCACAGCUGCAGCGGCCAGGCGAGGCCAGCGGGCCCCCGGGCACCAAGGAAAUGCGGUAGCCAGUCGGGCCCGCGCCAGCAGCCCGCGGGGCCCGCCAAGGGCGAGCGGCGGCGGCCGGGGACCGCCGCCUGCACCCUGCGCCAUCACCGUGCUGAGGGGCGGCCCCGCCAGGGCCUGUCCGGGCCGCAGCGGGGCUGAGGCGCGCCUCCUCCGCCUUCUCUCGGCUACCCCCCACAGCCCCGGGCCGUCCGCCUGCCACCGGGCAGCACCGCCGCCAGGACGGCCGGCGCCGGGUCGGCCAUUACGAGGCCGAGGGAAGGCGCGGCGGCGAGGGGAGCGGCGGGGAGCGGAGCGCGCCAACGGCGGGGCCGGGCGCACGGCGCAUGCGCAGCCGCUGCCGGCGGUGCGGGCGGGGUGCAGGCCGCGGCGGCCAUGGCGCGGCGCCUGCUGCGGGGGCUGCUGCUGCUGGAGGCGGCGGGGCUGCUGGGCGCCCUCCUGCUCUACCGCGCCAUGGAGCGCAGCCAAGAUUUCAGAUACACAAUGCAGAAGAGGUUUCCAUCAAUUCUGGAAGUGUAUUACAAAUCCAAUGAGUGGUCUGGAAUUCACGGCAUAAGAGAGAAUGACCAAAUGACAUGGUUAAGCAGCAAGAACUGAACGCUCUGUGCCUGAACUGUUUCUUCUUUUUGAUGAUGCUUUUCACAUCCCUAUUGUGAAGCCACUUGUCACGCUCUAUUUCCCACUGGAUCUGUUUGACAUCUGUAGGAGGAAAGGUGAGAAAUGAGGAGCUGAUGGGAUACCUCUGACCACGAUGUGGAAUACAGACGAAUAUGUAGAAGUUUGAACUUGGUUACUGUAUUUAUAAAUGUUAAUAAAGUGCAAGCUGCUGAUAUUUUUUGA